GUGUAACCUCGUCGACAAGGGCCCCCGAACCACGAAAUUUCUGUCAUCCGUCUCAUCAGUCGUUUGAGUGUCGCCUGUCGCCGCCAGCUCGUCAACCAGCACACCCCGGCGACGUCGGAGCGCUUGCUCCCAGUUCGCCAGGCUGGCAUCUUGGACACACAACUCAUUAGCUAGGUGGCGCGUCUCGAUGAGACACCGCGCAAGGCGUGAUCCACCUCUGCUGGCAACCGUGUGCUCCCUCGACCUCUCCCUCACCAGCUCGCACGAGUUACUUGAACGGACACGCCCGUUGCAUCUCCCGCUGCUCCCAUCACCGCCGUUUGCCUGCCCCAAUCGCCUCAUCCGCCGCCACGCUGGUGCACUGCCGCUGCUCCUGCCGCUGCUGAGCGCCACGAUCACAAUCACAGGCAGUGGCCGACGGAGCAUCCGCCAGGCCGCGGCGACGCGUACAAAAGGCGCUGCCCUCCUGACCCCUGAGUUCACGCUCAUCACCGCUACCGCCCGAGCUUGCGCUUCUUCCCGCCGCCCCGACGUCGCCACAGGAAGAAGCACAUCGUGUCUCGUCGCCAUUGACUUGGCCCCGACAUCGUUCCCACCUUGUCCGCUAGCCGCUCUCGCUGCACGGGCCCAAUCCCACGCCUCUGUUCGGUGGCGCAUCCCCCCACCAGCGCCAGUACCCGAACAGCAAGCGCGCAACGGGGCUCACGGCCGCCGGCCCCGACGUCCAGGCCACGAGCGUAGACGUCGCCUCUCGCCGGCGACUUCAUCUGGCUUCCCCUUCUCACCACCUUGGCGACCGCUCAGCCCGCCCUCUUCGCCCAACGUCGCCUCGCUCUGGCCAGGUCAGCGCUGUUGUCGUUCCACGAUGCCCACCUCUCCUCAGACGCAUGGGUUGGCCCCUGGCCGCCAGGCCCCUGUCGUUCUCCUGACGGACCGCUUGGAGAAGCCAUCUCUGGACGACCGCGAUUAUCGUGUUGUUCGGCUCGAGAAUGACCUCGAGGCGCUGCUGGUGCAUGAUCCGGAGACGGACAAGGCUAGCGCCGCUCUAGACGUCAACGUUGGAAACUUCAGCGACGAGGAUGGCAUGCCAGGAAUGGCGCACGCCGUCGAGCAUCUGCUCUUCAUGGGCACCAAGAAAUUCCCCAUCGAAAACGAGUAUGGCCAAUAUCUGUCCGCCAACUCAGGCAGCUCCAACGCCUACACUGCCUCCACCUCAACCAACUACUACUUCGACGUUGCGGCGAAGCCGAACAAUGACGAGGCCCCUUCCGAUUCCAACCCCUCUCCCCUGCGCGAGGCCCUCGACCGCUUUGCCCAGUUCUUCAUAGAGCCCUUGUUUCUGUCCAGCACCCUCGACAGGGAGCUGAGAGCUGUCGACUCGGAGAACAAGAAGAACCUGCAGAACGAUACCUGGCGGCUCCAUCAACUCGAAAAGUCGUUGUCUAACCCGAAACAUCCGUAUUGCCAUUUCUCGACCGGCAACUUCGAGGUUCUCAAGACGAUUCCUGAGUCACAGGGCAUCAAUGUCAGGGACAAGUUCAUUGAGUUCCAUGCCAAGCACUACUCGGCCAACCGCAUGAAGCUCGUCGUUCUCGGUCGCGAGCCCCUUGACGUUCUGCAGAAAUGGGUCGUCGAACUGUUUUCGCCAAUCGUCAACAAGAAGCUCCCCCCCAACCGGUGGACAGACGAGGUCCCCUUCCGACCCCAAGACCUUGGAAUGCAAUGCUUUGCGAAGCCUGUCAUGGACUCGAGAGAUUUGAACCUGAUUUUCCCCUUUGUUGACGAGGAAGCGCUGUUCGAGUCGCAGCCCAGCAGGUACAUCAGCCACUUGAUUGGGCACGAGGGGCCUGGCAGCAUCAUGGCCUACGUCAAGAGCAAAGGGUGGGCGAACAGCUUGUCUGCUGGCGCGUACCCCGUCUGCCCCGGGACCGCCGGGAUCUUUGAAGUGCAAAUCCGCAUGACUGAAGAGGUAUGUCUUGCCGCGUUUCGUGUUGCCGAAGCGUGCUCAUCCGUGAAACCACAGGGCUUGAAGAACUACCCCGAGAUCGUCAAAAUCUUUUUCCAAUACGUUUCGCUGCUGCGAGAGUCGCCACCACAAGAGUGGAUAUUUGACGAGCAAAAGGGCAUGGCCGAUGUUGAUUUCAAGUUCAGGCAAAAGACCCCGGCCAGUCGGUUCACAAGCCGGACUAGUUCAGUGAUGCAGAAGCCACUCCCCCGCGAGUGGCUGCUCAGUGGCCAUAGCCGUCUCCGGACUUUUGACCCCGAAUUGAUCAGAGACGCCCUGGACAAGAUUCGGCCCGACAACAUGCGCAUGGUCAUCGUGUCCCGAAACUUCCCUGGGUCCUGGGACAAAAAGGAGAAGUGGUACGGUACUGAGUAUAGCCAUGAGAGAAUACCGUCCGAUGUCAUGGAGGGGCUUCAGCAGGCCAUGGCUGUGUCCCCGUCGACCCGCCUUGCGGAGCUGCACCUCCCGCACAAGAACAAUUUCAUCCCCAACAAGCUUGAGGUCGAGAAGAAGGAUGUGGCGGAACCUGCACCCGCCCCGCGCUUGCUGCGCAACGAUUCCGUUGCCCGGACUUGGUGGAAGAAGGACGACACGUUCUGGGUGCCCAAGGCCAACGUUAUGGUCAGCCUCAAGAACCCCAUUAUCUUCGCCACCGCGGAGAACAGCGUCAAGGCGAGACUCUUCACAGAGCUGGUACGAGACGCCCUGGAGGAGUAUUCCUACGACGCAGAGCUCGCUGGGCUGCAGUACACGGUAUGUCUCGAUUCACGCGGCCUAGAAUUGGACAUUUCCGGAUACAACGACAAGCUUCCCGUGCUCCUGGAGCAUGUCGCUGUCACCCUGCGCGACCUCGACAUCAAGAACGAGCGCUUCGACAUCGUCAAGGAGCGCCUUACCCGUGGCUAUGACAAUUGGCAGCUGCAGUCAUCAUACCAACAAGUUGGCGAGUACAUGGCAUGGCUCAACGCGGAACGCGACUUUGUCGUCGAAGAGCUUGCCGUAGAUCUGCAAAACAUCACCGCGGAUGCAGUCAGGCUAUUCCACAAGCAAAUGCUGGCACAGCUCUACAUCGAGGUGUACGCACACGGCAAUAUGUACAAGGGUGAGGCGCUCAAGGUGACGGACAUGGUCGAGUCCAUUCUCAAGCCUCGCACCCUUCCGCGGUCGCAGUGGCCCAUCAUCCGAUCUCUGGUCCUCCCGCCCGGGUCGAACUUUGUUUUCAACAAGACCCUGAAAGAUCCAGCCAACGUGAACCAUUGCGUUGAGACGUUCUUCUACGUCGCUGACCGGAGCGACCAAGUCGCUCGCGCAAAGACGUUACUGAUCGAUCAAAUGGUGCACGAGCCUGCCUUUGAUCAGCUCCGGACCAAGGAGCAGCUUGGGUACAUUGUCUUCUCAAGCAUGCGCGUCUUCGCUACUGUUUGUGGCUUCCGCUUCUUGGUGCAGAGCGAGAGAACCCCCGAGUAUUUGGAUCGUCGGAUCGAAGCCUUCCUGGCGCGUUUCGGGCAGUCUCUCAAGGAUAUGAGCGAUGCCGAAUUCGAAGGCCACAAGAGGAGUCUCAUCAACAAGCGUCUGGAAAAGCUGAGGAAUCUGGACCAGGAAUGGUCCAGGCAUUGGACUCAUAUCUCGAAUGAGUACUACAGCUUCGAUCAGGCCAAAAUCGAUGCGGAACACGUCAAGGGCUUGACCAGAGCCGAAAUGGUCGACUUCUUCAACCAGUACCUCAGCCCAAGCUCGGAGACGCGAGCGAGGAUCUCUGUGCACAUGCACGCCCGAGGUGCCGGCGAGCUGGACCGCAAGAUCAUAGAGCUACUCCAGUCACUCGGUCUGCACGACGUUCCGCGGGAGCGGCGGCAGAACGUAGGCCUCCUCGAAGGCUACCUGAAGGAUGAGCUGAAGCUCCCCGAGAGCGAGAGAAUUGACAUCGCCUCGAAGGCGAAGGAGCUCGGGCUCAGCCAAAUGACGCACAACGAUGAGCCAGGCGCAACAACGGCCGGAGCCGUGUCAGCCGUAGACUCUGCCCAGGAGAUCACUGAUGUGCGCCAAUUCAAGGCUGGCCUCUUUGCCAGCCAGGGAGCCAGGCCGAUCAAGGACCUGAGCGAGUUUGAGGAGACCGAUGCCAAGCUAUAGCGAACUCACCCGCGGAGAAGGGACCACGCAAUGAUGAUUGUAGAGUGAUUGAGUCGGGUGACCUGGGUCAAGAUUUAUUUAUGGUUGAUUGCUGUGGUGUGGGAAAUGGGCGGCAUCUGGGAGGAUUUGCUUGACCCGCGUCUAUACAAAUGGCGCUCGAGGCGUCCUAUACAGAGAAGGAACGGUUACAGUUGCAUACUGCGCAAGCACUACAGGAUUGGAUGGGUAAGAUCCCCGGUCUGUGGCAGCCUCAGAGGGCUACCGGCAGGCAUGUACUGUAUCAUGUAGACUUGAUGGUUAAUUGAUUCGAAUGCAGAAUAUUUGUACCAGUAUUCGCUA